AUGGCCCCUCUUUCUACAGGCUACGCGCCUGAUCUCGAGAAAUAUCUUCGGUCUCUCAAGGGUCAAGCACUGGAAUCCUCUGUUGAGAGCCUCAUCUGUCUCCUCAAGCGACGACAAAUCAAGGGCUCUGAGCCCUGCGCCGUCGCUACAGCUCACAUUCUACUCCAAGUCGUAGCCCGAUCGAAAUGGUUCAACGUUGACAGCUUGAUCGACAACGUCUCGCGUAUUGGCCGUCGCCUAGUCGAGGCUCAGCCCAAAGAGCUCGUUAUUGCCAAUAUUGUGCGCCGAGUCCUAGGCCUCAUCCGCGACGAAGCUGCCGAGGACAGAAACGAGGGUGCGAGCGAAACUCCCAGUGACGCCCAGAUCACACCAACCGAUGCUGUCCCGAAUCCAGAUGCCCUUUCUCACCAAUGGCCUCCUUCGACAUAUGGCAAGCAAGAUUCUGCCGGCGACUAUAUCACCAACAGCGCCAAACCCCCUCCCGCUCGGCCAGGCCCACUCUCCUCUUACAGCUCCGUGAACGUGCCUAAGACUCUCUUCCACCUCCUCUCAGUGUCUACACCCGGCGAGCUCGCGCCCAGCAGCCAGGGUUCGCCCCUAGGUCUUUCAGGGGCAUCAACUCCUUCAUGGAGGGCCCCUUCGGCUCAGGUUCAUGCUUUGAGAUCAGAGGUCAUCGACGGUAUUGAGGAAAUCAAGGAUGAGAUCAGUUCUGUGGACGAUCAAAUCGCAGCCUUGGCCGAUGUUCAAAUUCACCCUGGUGACUACGUGCUCAUUCAUCAACCCUCACCUACAGUCGAGCGAUUCAUUCUUCGUGCAGCCCUAAAGCGCCGAUUCACAGUUCUCAUCGCCACCGAGCCACCGAAGAAGCAGACCCCGGAAGUUCCCAAUGCUUCAUUCCGCAAGAAGCUUGCUUCCGCUGGUAUCACAGCGAUCAACAUCAUGAAUGGAGGGCUAAUGGCAUACAUGUCCCGAGUAGACAAGGUCAUUCUGGGGGCGCACUCGAUUGUCGCCAGCGGCGGUGUUAUGGCCGAUGCAGGUGCUGCAGCCAUUGCUCGCGCCGCAAAAGAGCGAGGACGUGCUGUUAUCGUCCUCGGCGGCGUGUACAAACUCAGUCCUGUGAACCCGUUUAGCGGAGAGCUUCUCAUUGAGUGGGGAGACUCUGCCUGCUUUGUCAACUUUGCGGAUGGGAACAUGGUGAACAGUGUCGAGGUUCGGACUGCCCUGAAUGAGAUGGUCCCUCCAGAGUUGAUUGACAUAUACAUCACCAAUUUGGGAACACACUCAAGAGAUCACUUGUCCAGUCUCAUCGCAGAUCAUUACAAGUCGGAGGAUGUCGACUUUUUUCUGAACGACGAAUGA